AGUGGGAUAUAAAAAUAAUUUCAAGUACACAAACAUCAACUUCGAGAUACGGUCUUUUUUUCUGUCAGUCGACAACGAUAAUACGCUUACACUCGAAUCAUAUUUGUGUCCGAUACGAAUACGCGAAUUACUGGUUAAAAAUACACAGACAUUGCUUUUUGAGCACCUUACAAAUUGUGAUUCUUAUCUGGUGAUAAAGGGCAAUCAUAAGAAUUCAAGAUGGUCCUCAAUUGUAUGCUACAGUUAUGUAAAAUCACCAGGGCAAGUAAACUAUUUCAACGGAAUUUCUAUUUGCCAUUGCUCAAACCGUUAUCGCCCAAGGAUGCCUUGAGGAAAAAGGUCAUAACAGGACAAAAUGUCCUCGGAAGUAGGAUUGAACAUUAUAUUCCAGUUCUCGAAGAAUACCAGUCUAGGGUCCAAAGAAGGAAAUACCGAAUCAAGGGAAUGAAACUGGUCAAAAAAAGGCAGAGAAGAAAAGAAUCGAUGAAAUAUGUCAUGCCAUUCUUGGACGAAGAAAUGGAGGGACACCACCGACUAAGAGAAAUUUUUGCUAGGAAAUCGAGAGGUAGAGGUCAGUGCUAUACCUACUAUAUUCCAGAUAAAGAUAUAACUUUAGUGAUCCCUUACCAAUGGGAAAGAGCCAUUAGAGAUAAGGAUAUAACAGAUGUUGUCGUAGCGCAAAGAAGUGAUAAAAUUGUGGUCAAAUUGAGGGAUGGAUCGAAGAUUUCUGUACCUUACGCGAAUUGGGAUGGUCGUUCACCCAUUUAUAGAGGGGAAGGGUGGACGAAAAGGGAAGUUGAAGAAUACCAUCAUCACGGAAAAGAAACCAUGUCCAUCGCCAGGCUAUUCGAAGCUAAAGAAUCCGGUCUGGAAGAAUGGGAACUGGAAAUGAUGCGACUGGCCAAUAAGAGAAAGAGGAAACAGAAGGGUGAGGGAACUGCCGACUGGAAAAUGAUGAUGUCAACCAUGGUUGACAACAUGGAUUGGGACAAGUUCGAGGAAGAGACCAAACAAAUCGUCGAAGAGGUGAAUCAGCCAAUCGACGACGCACCCAUUCCAAUGGCUCUGGACGAUAUGGAAAAAACGAAAAACGUUAACGAAAAGUUGAAACAGGCCGGGCCCGAACUCAUGGACAUGCUACCAACGAUGCCCGAAAUUCCAGAAGUCAUAAAACUGAUGAAAGACUCGGAAGUCGUCGAAAAAGCGAACAUAUCUGGAGUUGUCGUCAACCUUGAAUCGCAGAAAGAACGUUUCGUCCCAGGUCAAGUGGUUAAGUCAGAUGAAGGGGAAAUGUUUAUGCCAGGUCAAACGUUAGAGAAGGAGGGUGGUGGUUUCGAGUUCACACCUGGCUUCACGGUAAUGCUAGAAGGGGAACCCGAUCUCUUGCCAGGUUUGGUCAUGGGCGACGAUCCAAAUAAGCCGAUGUUUUUGCCAGGAGAGUCCACCAUCACUGAAACUGGCGAAUUGCAGUUCACCGAAACGGAAGACGAUAUCAAAGUCAAUGGAACACUCCCACCCCCGGAACCAGAGGUCGAAGAUGUCGAGGUAGAGGAGGAGCAAAAUACCGAAGACGAGGAGGAGGAAAAAAGACCGCCCCCAAAACGAGAAAGAAAAGAACUUGUUUACGAGAGACCAAAGCGAUUAUACACGUCUCAAAGUAAAGGUCCUAAACGCCGUGAACGUUCUUCUAAAAAAGCAGCUCCUCCAAAUAUGGCACCCGAGAAAAAGGAGCCUGCUCCGGUCAAAGUGAAACGCGACAAAGCCAAGCCAAAACUCUUCGAACUAUCUUCAGUUAGUAUGGAAGAGGACAUUCUCGCUCAAGAAAAAAAGAGAGUUGAAAAUUUCACCGAGAAGAAGGCCAAGGAAGAGAUCGAAAUCCUAAAGAAGCUGAGAGAUAUCCGUAUGAAAGUUAAAGAACUCAAGGAUAAGAAACCUGCUGUGCCUAAAUACGAACCACUCGAGCCAGUGAUAAAGAGUGAAAAACUUCGAGAAUUAGAGAAAAACAUCAAAAAAGGUAAAUUUUUCGAUGUGGAUCACAAGAAAUACCUUAGUAAGAACAGUGUUAGGGAACCUUUCAAUUGGUUAGAAAAAUACGAGUACGGUAACGUCUUCGAGUCGGUGGGGAUAUUGCGUCAUAAACUAUGGAAGUCUGUCAUCUACAAACUUUUUCAAAGGAACUACUAUCUACCACUUUUGAAACCAUUGUCGCCAAAGGAUGCCUUGAGGAGGAAAAUUAUAACUGGACAAAACGUUCUUGGUGCUCGCAUCGAACAUUACAUACCAGUCUUGAGUACCCAUGAAGAUAAAAGUUCCGAAAGGAAGCGAAGAGGCAAAGGAGUUCCUGUGAUCAAGAAACGGGUCAAAAUGAAGGAAAAAGAAAGAUAUUUGGAACCAUUCUUCGAUGAGAACAUGGAGAAUCAUAAUUUAUUGCAGAAUAUACUGCGGAGGAAACCUAAAGGCAAAGGACAAUACUACAUAUACGAAGUUAUCGAUAGGAACUGCAACGUUGUUAUACCAACUCAAAUGGAGAAGGCAAUCAAAGACAGAGACAUAAUUGACGUCGUCAUAGCUCAGAGGAGCGAAAAAAUCGUGUGCAAACUACAAGACGGAACCAAAAUCACCCUCCCUCUAGCACCAUACACUGGUGGACAUCCCCUUUAUCGAGGAAGUGGAUGGACGAAAACCCAAAUCGAAGAAGAACACCACCAUGGCAAAGAAACAUUUCAUAUGGCGAAACUCUUCGAAGCCAAAGAAUCGGGCGUUGAAGAAUGGGAGUUAGAAAUGAUGAGGAUGGCUAAUAAACGAAAGAAGAAACACAGGGGCGAGGAUAGCGCUGAUUGGAAACAAAUGCUCUCCGGAUGCUUGGAUAACAUGGACUGGGACAAAUUCGAAGAGGAUACCAAACAAAUUGUUGAAGAACAAGACCAGGAGAUUCAAGAAGAGAAUAUCCCUAUGGCCGUUGAUGACAUGGAAAAAACCAAGAACGUCGGUGAGAAGUUGAAACAGGGGGGACAAGAAGUACUGGAACAACUACCUGUUAUGAAAGAGAUUCCGGAAGUCAUCAAGAAUUUGGAACAGGGAGAAAUGUGCGAAAUCCAGAAUGUCUCUGGGAUAACGCUGAAUCUGAACGAUGGCCAGAAGCGUUUCGUUGCUGGGCAAAUGGUUCAAGGUGAAGAUGAAAAUUCAGUUUUCGUUCCCGGACAAACAAUAGAAACUGAAGAAGGCAAUUUCGAAUAUACCCCCGGUAUAACCAUCCUGAUGGACGACGAACCGACCCUCAUCCCCGGUCUUGUCAUGGGAGAGGAGGAAAACGAAGCUAUGUUCCUACCCGGAGAAUCAGCUAUCACAGAGGGAGGUCAAUUGACGUUCGAAGCCACAAUGGAAGAUAAGGUAGCUCAAGAAUUCGAACACGUGAGGCGUAGGAGGCGGUCGCCGACCCACUCACCUUCUCCCCCUCCUCCCCCUCCAAAACCAAGGCCUAAAUAUGACGAGGAAAUCGUUAUCAAACGCAGAGUGAUAGAUGAGCCAAAAGACACUGGUCACAAGGAACGGGUGAGGAGAAAGGCUCCCAUCGUUGAGAUGACCAAAUCUAAAACUCCCCCUAAAGAAGUGUUCAGACCUAGACGAGUUCCGAUGGAGGAUCCCUUGAAGCGCCUGGAAGAAGAGAGGCGGAAGAGAGAGGAGGAAGAGAAGAAACGGCUGAAGAACAGAGCCGAAGAAAAGAUGCUGAAAGCAGAGGCGACCAUCGAUAAACUAAGGGCGACUAUAAGGAAGAAAGCCAAGGAACUAACAAUCACAGCGCCAACUUCUUACGUACCCAUAGAACCGGUGAAGAAGAGUGCGAAACUGGAAGAAUUGGAGAGGAGCAUCAGGAAAGGCACCUUCUUCGACGACGAUAGGACCAAGGACAUAAUAGAGAAGGCCAAAAAUCAGACGCGCCUGCUGAAAUACCAACACGUCUUGAAUUCGUAUAACCAAAUGGUGAAUUUCGUGUUGUCCUUCUGUAAGAUAACAGGAGCUAGCAAGAUAUUCUCUAGGAAUUUCUACUUACCACUGCUAAAACCCUUAACUCCUAGAGAAGCUUUCCGAACCUUCAGAAUCACCGGAAAAUGGCUCCUAGGUUCCAAAAUUCAAAGGUACAUACCGGUUCUCUUGAACCAUAAAAAAAAGAGAUCGAAAUUCGUCAAGAAUUACGGUAAGUUGAAGCACAAAGAAAUGGAGAAUUACACCUAUUUAACCCCGAUAUUGGAUGCCGAAAACGAGACUCAAAAAAUUUUAUUGAGUAUUCUGGAAAAUAAAAAUGGCAACGGGGUCUUCGUAUACACUGUGGAAGAUAAAAAAUUGAACAUAGUUUUACAAGCAAAUUUGGAAUAUGCGGUUAGGGAUGGCGACGUUAUCGAUGUUAUGGUAUCUCAGAAAUCCGAUAAAAUAUUGAUAAAAUUGAAGGAUUUCAAGAAAAUCCCAGUGGAACUCGAUUAUUUCGAUGUCAAGGAACCGAUGUUCUGCGGUGAGGGAGCUACAACCGAAGCUGAUGAAAAAUUACAUCACUACGGCAAAUACACAAUGAGUCUAGCGAAAAUAUUCGAGGAUAAGGAGCGCCAGGAGGAAGAAUGGGAAAUAAUGUUGCAAAAAAUCGUCAAAAGACGAAGACGUCAUGCUGCAGAAAAAUCCAAGGAAUUCAAAGCAUUGGUAAAGGAGAAUUUAAAAAAAUUGGAUUGGGACCAAUUCGAAGAGGACGCUAAGAGAGUUGUCCAGGAAAUAGCGGAGCCUAACAAGGAAGAACCCAUCGAUAUGGAAAUAGACGACUUGAAAAAAACCCUCGGAGUGAAUGAAUUCUUCUCUGAAUCUGAAGAAAUGCUCAGUCUCCUGCCUAAAAUGAACGAUAUCUCAGAUGUACUGAAAAAUAUGGAAAAAGCUCAUUUACAUGAACUAGUACUGAACGAUCCUGAGGGCAACAGCGUUAAGACAAUUUCAGGGGUCAAAGUAGUCUUAUCCUCAGGAAAAGAAGUUUUUAUCAGUGGUCAAAUGGUACACACUGAAGAUGGAGAAGUUUUCGUACCAGGCCAAACCAUCAAUACUGAACAUGGCCUUGAAUUCAUACCAGGUUUCACCGUGAACAUAGAUGGAAAACCAUCUCUAAUAAACGGACUGAUAAUGUCCCAAAAAGAAAAUGAACCCAUGUUUCUCCCAACUCAAUCAGCAAUCACAGCAGAUGGACAACUAACUUUCGCUCUUACUGAGGAGGAAAGACCACCACCACCGACCGAACAACAUAUUCAGAUGAGAAAAGAACGUAGAAUAAAACUGCAGGAACCUCCACCUGAAGAACCUAGUCAAGUCCUGGAAGAAGAAACAACUGACGAACCUGAACAAGAAACCGUCGAAAUUGAUGAGUCCAUGAAGGAAUCAGAAAAAGAGGAAGAAGCCAUUAUACUUUUCAUCAACGACAAUGAUUUAUUCGAAACUGAAUCUUCCGAUUCAGAUUCGGGUAUUUCCGAGGUUGACUCUGAAACUUACCGAUUAAAACAGGAAAGAGAUAGACUUGAGUUGGAGGAAUUAAAAAAGAUAUUAAUGGAAGAUGGAAUGGAGAAACUAGUUACUGAUAUCGAGGAUAAAAAGUUAGAUUUGCAGCAGAGAUUGGAAGAGCUGAGGAAGUUGAAAAUGGAAGCCGAAAGACCUCUGGUAUCGUAUGCUACCGAGAAAGAUGCCUGUGAAAUAGCAUCGAGAAUAACUCAAGAUAAAGAAGCUAUUAAUAGGAUAGUUGACAUUUUGCUCACAAUGAUCCGUAAGACAUCAGCAAUUAGGGAUAAGAAUAGCAUUCAUCCUGAAAAUAUCAUCGAGACCCACGUGAAUUUGAAUGACGGAGAGGGAAGCAGUGAAAAAUAUCACCGGUCCUCGAAAACCUUGAAAAUACUGCUCAAGUCAUCAGUUGUAUAUGCCAAUAAAGUCUUCAAGGAAAGACCCAAAGAUCAGUUGCUAGCUUUAGACAGAAUCGGCAGCAUUUUCACAGAUAUCUUAAAAAACGACUCUACACUUCUGAUGGAAAUUAUAGACCUCAUGAACACGCCUAAGGAUCGAAAUGACAUUUGCGAGAUACUUUUCAAAUAUCUUUCGUACGAUUACAGGGACUCAAAGGUGAAUAAAUUAAGUCAAAUCAUAAAUUGUCCCCGAAAAGGUGUUGAUAAGAUAUUGGACGGAAUUGAAAAGCUUAUGGAGGACAAUAACAAAGUAAUGUGUGAGUCAUUUGUAAAACUGAGUAAAAUAGACGAAGAUAUACUCCACGAUAUGUUGGAACAUUGCCGAAGCCAUUCAUACAGAGUUAAGAUGGAAAACGACGUAAUAAAUCUGUUAGAGGACAGCAUGGUCGUUGCUACUAAAACGUUUUGUGACGAUAAAUACCGGGAGAUUUUCGAGUUUGAACAGGAGGAUCUCCAACGUUUUAUGGAGCAAUCGAUUUGUUUCGCUAAAGCUUUAGAUAUGCAUGAAAUUGCCGACGAGUUGUCUACCGGAAAAACGGCAGAACUGAGAAAUUGCGAGGGUAAAACUAAGAAUUUCUUGAAGAGAAUGUUUCUGGUGGAUAAACUGGUGAACAAAGAUUUUACUAUGAGGAAAGCUGUAGACAGACUGAGGAGGAAUCCGGAUCAGGCGAAACACGAUCCAAGAAUACGCCAAAUAAUAAAAGAAUCCGGAGUUUUGUUAUCUAAUGGAUUCACCUUAUCGAACUCAAGAACCAUACCUCUGCACCUAUUGAAGUCGCAGAAUCUGCUCGCUCUGGAGGAUUUCCUCGUACAAAGGAUGAAAAUUUCUUAUCCAGUUCUCAUAAUAAGGAGCGAUUACCAAGCUGUGAUACCUAAAGAAGCACUUCAAGGAGUGCAGUCUGGAAGAAUGCCAUAUGUUCUUAUAGAUGAAAGCGGCAUUUCUAAUUUUAAGCCCCUGCAUAGUCUGGCUGCAUUGAAAGGGGGCAAAAAUGCUGAUUACAUACCUAAUAAUAACUAUUCUAAAUACAAUGGCGAUUUUGAUUCGAUCAUGGACCGCAGGCAAAGUGUGGCCUCAAGGACUAGUGUGAAUUAACUUUUUUUUAAUUAUAGUUUGUUUGUGCCAGUGUCAGUUCCUCAACAUUCCCAAUUUAAAAAGACAUUUCCUCGAAACUCCCAAUGCUCUUUCGACCUGUCUACCUGAAGGAAUCCAAGAUGCAAGCCGGUCCAAG